AUGGUAGCGGUGGAAAGGAUACUUCUCGCCGCCCGGCAAGGCGACGUACAAACUCUGAAAGUGCAAUUAGCAGAGAAGGUACUCGAUAAGGAUGUGAAAGACAUGCUCGGCGCCACACCUGUGCAUCAUGCGGCGCGAGCGGGAAAGUUAACUUGUUUGCGGUACCUUGUCGAGGAAGCGGGUUUACCAGGGAAUAGUCUGGCGAACAAUGGAGCAAGUCCGGCACAUGACGCCGCUGCCACGGGUAACCUUGCCUGUUUGCAGUGGCUCCUAACACAAGGGGGAUGCAGAGCAACGGACAAAGACAGCUCAGGAGCCACUGUCCUGCACCUGGCUUCCCGCUUCAGCCACCAUGAGAUCACCGAUUGGUUGUUGAAGAGUGGGGAGGGAGACCCUGGGGGGGCCACAGACACAGGGGCUCUGCCUGUCCACUACGCCGCUGCUAAGGGAGAUUUACCCUCCCUCAGACUGCUACUGGGACACAGUCCACAUGUCGUCAAUUUUCAAACAAAAAAUGGUGCCACACCCCUGUACUUAGCAUGUCAGGAAGGCCACCUGGAGGUCGUCCAAUACCUGGUGAAGGACUGCGGGGCGGAUCCCAGCAUCAGAGCCAAUGACGGGAUGACUCCUCUUCAUGCUGCUGCCCAGAUGGGACAUAACACAGUCAUUGUUUGGCUGAUGAGUUUUACAGAAGUCAGUCUGGCAGACAGAGACAGCGAUGGUGCCACGGCCAUGCACUUCGCUGCCAGCCGUGGUCAUGCCAAAGUUCUCAGCUGGCUUCUCCUCCACGGGGGUGAGAUUGUGACUGACAGCUGGGGCGGGACCCCUCUCCACGAUGCAGCAGAAAAUGGAGAACUAGAGUGUUGUCAGAUUCUGGUGGUUAAUGGUGUGGAUCUAGGAAUCCGUGAUCAGGACGGUUUCUCUGCCGCAGAUCUGGCUGAGUAUAACGGGCACCCGCAGUGUGCUAAGUACCUGCGCACAGUGGAGAACAUGAGUGUGGAGCAUCGUGUGUUGUCCCGUGACCCGUCUGCAGACCUGGAGUACAAACAGCCCGAUUCCGGCCUGUCUUCUCCCAACGCCACCAUGUCCAGCUCUGCCCAACCUGCACGCUUCGACCUGGGCUCUCCAUCCAGCUCUCUGUCCAACUAUGACUCAGCCAGCUCCAGUCAGUCCAGCACAGGAGAGAAGAGGAGUACUUCCCCACCUUCACGAACUCCUGCUGGCGGUUCAGAGACGGCCAUCACUGAUAUGCAGACCUACAUGGAUAUGCUGAACCCUGACACAGGGGAUGGAGCUCAAAAGAAGGAGGAGCCUGGUCAUCCCCCUCCCCAUCCUACUUUCCCACCUCCCCCUCCACCUCCUCUCCCUGGCUCCUCCAGCGUACCCCCACCUCCACCCUCCUACACUCCUCCCAAACCACCUGAGGAGCAGCCAUCCGCUGAGAUGUAUCUGAAGGUGAAGAGUAAUUUACGUCACGUGGAGAACGAGGGACUGAAGAAAGAGCCAAGUGCUGGAGAGAACUCUGACAAACUUCGACGGGUUGAUUCAAACAGGAAGUCCCGCAGUUUCAGCAAACAGCCCAGCACUGGAGACUACUACAAGACCCUGGGGACGGACGUAACCGACCAGCGACCAGGCAGAACCAUGGCACCCAGUGAAGAGGGCUCUGUGUUGCUGGAGGAGCCAGCCGACAGUUCCCCCAGUCCUGAGAAUGGAACAGGAAACCCCGAGGAGCUACCUCUCCCUCCACCUCCUCCACCUCUACCGACCAGCAACCCCAUCCCAACACCGCCUCCUCCACCUCCUCUGCCCUCAGAGAUCACACCCACUCCCCACUCUACAAGCACCACCAACACAAACCAACGUCGCCUCUCUUCAUCCUCCAGCAGAGGGAAUCUCUCCUCUACACAUCUGUCACCCUCUGUUUGUCCCACUUCAGAGUCACUCCGUCAGAUGAAGAGCUCAAAAUCCUUCAACAUGAUGUCCCCCACUGGAGACAAUUCCGAGCUGCUGGCUGAAAUUAAAGCCGGGAAGAGUCUGAAGCCAACACCACAGAGUAAAGGAUACACCACGGUCUUUUCCAACAGCGGGAGCUCUGUAGAGAAUGGGGAGCGCCCAACAUCGCCACCACAGGCCAGUGCUGCCCAGACAAAGAAGCCCACAUCACCCCCGCCGACCACAGUGACCUCUCGCACCUCCCCGACCUCCCCAACCUCCCCGACCUCCCCGACCCCAGGCGCAGUCAGUGGUGCCACGUCCAGGAGCCUGUCCAGUUCACAGAGCAGCGAGCAGCUCUGCUCCGUCGUCAAUGGCAGUGCGGGGUCUGGCCAGACACGGAAGUCCAGUUUGGUAGACAUAGAGAGCCUGGUACCUACCCAUGACGAACAAGGCCGAGCUAUACCAGAGUGGAAGAGACAGGUGAUGGUGAGGAAGCUCCAAGUGAAAAUGCAGGAGGAAGAGGAGAACAAGAGGAAGGCAGAUGAGGAGGCAGCUCGUCUGGCAUCGAUGCCGGCGUGGAGGAGAGAUAUUAUGAAGAAGAAGCUGGAUGAGGAGAGGGAGCAGAAAAGAAAAGAAGAGGAGCGGCUGAGGAUGCAGAAGGAAAACGAGGAGAAAACAGAGCUGGAGCGACUACGGACACUAGGUUACGAUGAGACCAAGCUGGCGCCGUGGCAACGGCAGAUCAUUCUAAAGAAAGGAGACCUAGCGAAAGAGUAG